AUGAGUGAUGUUGUGGAGUUUACUCCAAUUAACAUAUUUUUACCUUUUCAAUUUGUCAUUAAAAACAAGAAUCUAGAACUUUCUUGGAAAUCACUAAUUUCUCCGUUCUCUUUUUGGAAAACCUUUCAUAUAAAGGUGUGGCUGGUGAUUUUCUUCUGUACUUUGGUCGCUGGAAUACUCAUAUUUAUAAUACUGAGUUACGACAAAUCACCAGAAGACAAUAACAAAGAUUGGAAUAAAAAAAGAUUCGUUUGGUUUCUGUUUGGAAGUUAUCUUAACCAAGGAAUCGACUUCAAAGUCGUUAAACGCUCAUCCUCCAGAGUGGCCUUGGUCUUCUGGAUUCUUCCGGUUUUGAUCAUAUGUUGGGCUUAUGGUGGAACGUUAACUUCAUUUAUGAUUACCAAGGAAAAACAGCCAUUGCCAAAAACGUUUGAAGAAUUAGCAUCAGCUGUUCAGAAAGGAGAAUUUACUUGUACUGCACCUGAUCUCCCGUAUGUGAUGAACUUCUUUAAGAAUUCCAAACUAAGUUAUUUGAAAAUUUUAUAUGAAGAAAUUUUAAGCAAUGAUAUCAUAGAUACAUACGAUUUGUUUAUGAACGGUAACGAUGAAUCCUUCGAUUACACUCGUGUUGCAUACAUUUACAAUAUGGGUUUCAUGAAAAUUUCUGAUUUCGAAACCGCCAUGGAUGUGACAGCGUCUGACGAUGUAUUAUUUUCCAUGCCUUCAGCAUUCGUUAUGAGAAAAGGAUUUCCCCAUAAAGAAUAUUUCAACAAUAUAAUGUACAAUAUAUUCGAAAGUGGCGUUCAAGAUCAUGAUACAGAAGUUGACACGUGGAACAAUCCGCUUACGAAACAUAUUAAAGAGAGAGUUAGUAUGAGUAAAGAAACUAAGUCUAAUGUUGACCCCUUGGUUUUAAGACAUUUUUAUGGAGCCUUCGCAAUUCUCGUUAUCGGUUACCUUCUCUCGUUCGCUUGCUUCCUUGUCGAAUUAAUAAUUGGAAAAACGAUGAAAAGAUUCCAAAUUUAA